AAGGGAAUGUCGUAGGCGGGGAGGGGGAGUGUUGGUUGACUGAUUUUUUAAAAACGAUGGUUUGGCAAGGAAGUUGCAUCAUGGUGGUCACUGCUUUGAAGAUGUUACCAUCAGUUAUGAGGCGGUCACUACAGAGUGUUGUUAGAGCAAACAUUAGCAGAUUAUGCUUGCCACAUGCUAGUGUGUUUGGUCGAUUUUCAAGCACAGCAGCACCUCAUUUGGAAGAAAAUAUAUCCAAGUCAUUUGUAAGUGGACCUUUAACAAUGCUCUCUGAAGAGGAAGAAAUGAUGAAAGAAACAGUUGCUAGGUUUGCUAUGGAAAAGAUUCAGCCACUGGUAUCAGAAAUGGAUCAGAAUUCAGAAAUGGAUCUAUCAGUCAUCAGGAGCAUGUUUGAACAAGGAUUGAUGGGAAUAGAAGUGGAUGCUGAUUUUGGAGGAACAAACUCAUCCUUCUUUGUAUCCUGUCUUGUUAUUGAAGAGCUGGCCAAGAUUGAUCCUGCUGUUGCUGUUAUGUGUGAUGUACAAAAUACUUUAAUUGUCACACUGUUCAGGAAAUAUGGCACACCUCAACAGAGGGCAGAGUAUUUGCCAAAACUGGCAGAAAAUAUGGUUGGAAGUUUUUGUCUUUCUGAAGUUGGCUCUGGAAGUGAUGCAUUUGCUCUUGAUACUAAAGCUGAAAAGCUAGGAGACAUCUAUGUGAUAAAUGGCUCUAAACUGUGGAUCACAAAUGCUGAACAUGCUGGAGUGUUUCUUGUCUUUGCUAAUGUUGCACCAGAAAAGGGAUACAAAGGAAUAACAACAUUUGUAGUCCCAAAAGAAACUGAAGGUCUUUCACUUGGGAAAAAGGAAGACAAGCUUGGGAUAAGGGCAUCAUCAACAUGUCCUGUGCACUUUGACAAUGUGAAGGUCCCUGCAAGUGCAGUCCUAGGCCAGGUCGGUCAUGGCUACAAGUACGCAAUCGAGUGUCUAAAUGAAGGACGCAUUGGGAUUGGAGCUCAGAUGGUUGGACUUGCUCAGGGCUGUCUAAAUUGUACAGUUCCUUACUUACAUGAAAGAAAACAAUUUGGCCAAAAGAUCUGGGACUUUCAGGCUGUCAAUCACCAGGCUGCACACAUGCUUACGCAGAUUGAGGCUGCACGGCUGUUGGUGUACAAUGCAGCACGGAGAAAAGAGGCAGGGCUCCCCUUCCUUCGAGAAGCUGCCAUGUCCAAGUACUUUGCAGGCGAGGUGGCCACCUUGACAACUUCGAAGUGUAUUGAGCUGAUGGGAGGAGUGGGUUAUUCCAAACAGUAUCCUGUGGAGAAAUUCUACCGGGAUUGUAAAAUAGCUUUUAAAGAACAUCAAGAAUCAACAUCUCAAGAAGUUUGAGAGAAUUUUUGCAAUCGAAAUUCUAGGAAGAGAGUUCGGCCAGCGGGCCUAUAGCUAGCACGUAGUUUAACAUGUUAAUCAGUACAGUUUGACUAUUUUUCCUUUUUUAUUUGUUUGUUUGUUUUUCGUUUUGCUUUUUCAAUGACUGUGUUAUUGCCUCCCGGUUAGUUUAAUGGAUGGAGCGCUGGACUGUUGUGCGGGAGGUCGAGGGUUCAAGCCCCGGCCGGACC